AUGUCGUCGUUCAACUUGGCGUUCUUCAGCGGCUCGGUUCAUCGGGACCGCAAGCAGGACGCCAUGUUGGCUUCUUUGGUUGGUUUUGCGAUUUUUAAAAUUCUUUCAUUAUAAUUGUUGUGAUUAGGAAGACAUUUCAAGCUUUUUUUCUCGAGUUGGCAUUGUUUAAUUUUUCCCUUUUUUUCAAUCAUUUUUAAAGAAAAAUUUCUAGAUUUCUUCAUGCCCUGUUCAAAGUGGCUGUCAGAGUUUCAAAAAAGCCGUCAGAGAGUGAAAAAAGAUAACUGAAUUUUGGAGGGUCAGACAUAGUUUUGGGUUUCGCGGAAAUUACUGUGUACAUGGCAUUAGGGAAAAAAAGACCAAUUUCUCAGUUUUUUCCGAAAAAAAAGGGUUUAAACCGUGAACUUGGGUCAUUUCUUAAACUUGGGACUUUUUUUCUUGCUUUUUGAAUAUAUCUUUUUUUAUUAUUAGUUUUUUUACAGGUACUUCAGUACAUAUUGGUUGAUUUUCGAACGGAUUCAAGUUCAUUUAUUUCCUCCGUUUCCGUUAGAUUUCAUUAAAAAUGUCCCACAAAUUAUAUAAUUAAGCAUCUUUUAGUAUUGUGUUCAUAUAUUAAUCUAUUGGCAACCCCACUUGAUACAGGAAAUAUUUCAUUCAUGUCCCAAAUAGUCCGAUAUUUUCAUAUCAAUCCAAGCCCAAAAAAAGUUGGCGUCGGUGCGUCGCGGCUCGACGCGCAUGUGCUAAUUGUAUAUUAGGGUAAUUGUCUUGUUUCCAUUUCUUAAUGGACCUUUGAUCCGACUGUCUGUUUCCGGAUGUAUUUCGCCCCGGUGACGGUUCGUUUUUCAUUCAUUUUUUGAGCUUUUUCGAAGGAAAAUGAACUUUUUUAGCAUCUUAAAGUGAUUGCAAGAAGUAGAUUGAGGUUUGGAAUGGGAUAUUUUAUUUUUAAUAAGGUUGAAAUCCAGAAAAAAGCGUUCAGAAAACAGGGGUAGUUUUUGACAUUUUUAUUACGAAAUAAGCUCUUUGUUGAUUUCAAAAAUGGUUUUUAUAUAAUUUUUGAAAUGAUGAUUUCGAAAUUAGAAUAAGAUUUGGUAAAUUUGUUUGGCUAAUGUCUUCAGAAUCACUAGAAAAAAAUUUUUAGAAGUAAGUUUUUUUUUCUGAAAAAGUUUUUUUCGAUUUUUAAGCUGAAAAAUUACAGUCUUCUUUCCGAUUUUUGAACUCUUGGGACAGGAAUUUCGUUUUAAAAAAAGCUUUUUGAAUCAAUUUUUUUCACGGCUCUUUUAAUGAAUCUCCUUUGAAAUUUGAAAUGAUUCGAUUUAAAAAAAUAUUUUUGAAAAUUCAAAUUCCUUUAAAGGAUAUGAUUAAUUUCACUUUUCAAUUUUUUAUAAUUUCGAAAUUCCAGAACGAACGAGAAAGGUUCCUACUGAAACUCGAAGAAGCUCGCAAAAAUCGCCAAAAUGGUUCUUUUUUUCUGAGUUUCCUAUGAAUAAUUUCUAUUUUUUUAAGAUGUGAAGAAACAAAACGCGGCGGUGAAGAUUCAGAACCGUUACCGGGCUUUUCAGCAGCAAAAGUUGGUUCUCGAUCGGAUCAGGAAGGAUUUCGACGCGAAAAUUGGCGUUUCUGGAGGCCCUACGGUAUCAAAACCAUACAACAAAAAAAAAGAAUCUACAAAUUUCCAGGAAAUUGGCAAUUUAUUGAGUGAAAUCGCCGUUUUUUAUCGUCAUUCUACGUUGGAUAUUCAGCGAUUGGUGAGAAAUACUGAAUUCAGAUUUUUUUAUUAGUUGAUUAUGGUUAGAAAUUCUCAUAGAAAACUCAAAAAUUUUGGUAGGUUUUUUUGAUUAAUUUUUUUCAGGGUAUAAAUUCGUCUAUGACUGAGAAAAAAAGUCAUUUUCUUGAAAUUAAUUGAAUUUUUUUGCAACCGAAAAAAAGCGAAAAAAAUAUUUUCAUCAAGUUUUUUUGGCGUCUUUCGAAGAUUCUCAGCUAUUUUUUUGAAGAAAUUCGUCUGGUUUUUGUAAAAUUUUUGCUUUAAAUUUAUUGUUUUAUAGGUGAAAAUUCGUCUAAAAUUAUGAAAAAAAUUUUUCUUAAAAAAAAUAAUAUUUUUCAACAAGUUUUUUUGGAUUUAAUUAUCAUUCUGCUCCAUUAUCGAAGAAAUUCGUCUAAUUUUUCCGUUUAUUUAAUCAUUAAAUUGCUUGUUUUAUGAGUAAAAAAAUUUGUCUAAAGUUGGGAAAAAGGAGUCAUUUUUCUUGAAAAAUAAUAUUUUUCAACAAUUUUUUUGGGAUGUAUUAACGAUUCUGUUUCAUUAUUAUAGAAGUUCGUCUCAUUUUUUUCGUAUUUUUAGGCUUCAAAUUUAUUGUUUUAAGGGUAAAAAGUCGUCUAAAAUUAGGAAAAAAAGAAUUUUUCUUAAAAAAAAGUAAUAUUUCCAACAAGUUUUUGGGAUUUAUUAACGAUUCUGUUUCAUUAUUACAGAAGUUCGUCUCAUUUUCCGUUUAUUUAAUCCUUGAAUUGCUUGUUUUAAGAUUAAAUAUCGUCUAAAGUUGGGAAAAAAAGGAGUCAUUUUUCUUGAAAAAGAUAAAUUUUUUUCAAUAAGUUUUUUUGAGAUUUUUUAGCUGUUUUAUUCUAUUUUCGAAAAAACUCGUCCCAUUUUUCGUUUAUAUAGGCCCAAAGUUUUUUUAUUUAUAUGAGGUUUUUUUGAUAGGAAUCUUUCAAAAAUUAAUCAUUUUUUUCUUCCUCUCAUUUUUUUAAACGAUUUAUUUCGAUUCAAAAUCAGUUUUUCCAUGGAUUUUUCAGGUGAAAGUGUGCUCCGAAGCUGUUCGAAUAGCGAGAAUCUCGCCUGAACAACGGGAAAAUGUGUCGAAUCCGACACGGAUCUUGGUGGCUCGCUGUAUUUUGCGAGUUUUCAACGAUUCGGCCGAUGAAACGUCGUUUUUUGCCUUGAUGAGGUUUGAAAAAAUGGGGAUUUUGAGUUGGGAUAGCUUUUUGAUAUCAUAAAUUUGGAAGGAAGAUAUUUUUUCCUUGAAAAAAAUGAUCAGUAAAAGUUUUUGAGAUUUUAUGAGAGCUGGAAAAUGUGGCUUUUUACGAAAAAGUUUUUUUCUUCUUGAAAAAUGGAUGAAUUAAGGGUUUUUAAUGUAAAUGGAAUUGUAAGAACGGUUUCAGAAAAUUAAUUGACUUGACAAAAUUAAUUUAAACUGUAAAAUUUUCUCGUUUUUUAAGUAAAUUUUGAUAAAUUUAAGCGUUUUGACCUGAAAAUUUUUUGAAAAAUUAGCUUUUAAAUGAGUUUUUUUUAUUGAAAUUUUGAAUAUAAAAUGCUUUCUGAUGCAUUAUUUUUGGUUAAAAAAACGUUUUAUGACUCGAAUUUAAGGUUUACAAGCCGCUUCGAAAUGAACAUUUCGGUGUAGAUAAUUAAAAAAAUUUGAUUAUUUGAUUCAUUAACUCUUUUUUUAACGUUCAGGAAAAUCUAUUUCUUCCCAAAUGAUAAUUCAAAAAAAUAAAUUAAAAAAAUUCAAAAAAAUGACAUUCAUAUUUAUCUCACAAGGGAGGUCAUUUUACUUGUGGGUUGGGACUUUCUUGAAAUUUUUGCCGGAACACUCCAGAAGAAGAUUCUGGGAGUCCCAAUCAGCAAAACUUCUUUUUUUUUUCGAAAAGGACUUUUAAAAGUCUAGAAAAAUCUUCAAAAUCCGUGAAAAUAGGCCUCUUUAAGGCUUUGAGCCGUCGUUUCUUAAAAACUAGAGAGUUUUUUAGGUUAAGACUUUCUGGAUCUUCAUUUGGUACAUCAAGGAGUGAUCUGGCCGAUUUUCAGGAAAUCCUCUCUUGUAGGUUAAAACUUUCUGAACCAAGAAUCCAACAAAAACUAAAAAUUAGCGUGUUUUCAUGAUCAUUUUCAUUUGUUCCUCUCCAGAUUCUUCGAAGAUUUCAUCUUGACGAAUGAUUCCGUCGCCCGGGCCACGACCAAAUACGGUCUUUUCACGACCAUGUUCAAAUUGAUGACGGCUUUCUGCGAACCUCGGCCGACCGAAUUUUCCGAAUCGCCCCCGUCGGAACCGAAUCGUGUCCGGCAAAUCGCCACUCGAUUCUAUCCCAUUUUGUUGCAUUCCGAGGUGAUUUCUGCUUCAUUUGCUGUGAUUUGAAGAGAGUACUCCAUUAGAAAUCGCGUUCAAAUUGGAUUUUUUUCGCGGUUUUUUUGAACAAAGGACCUUUCUAGAAGAAAAAUUUUCAACCUAAAAAUAUUGCCAUCGUUUUGUGAAAAGUCUUUUUUUCAAAAAAAAUAUUUUUGAGAGAUUGAAAGAGACUCCUGGGCAUGGAUAAUGAAAGUUUUUUUCAAAAUUCGAUUUUUCGGUUAUUUUUGAGUUUCUGAGCAAUUUUUUUCUGUAGGAUUCUGUAGGAUUUCAAAGAAGGAAAGAAAGUUUUGUUGAAAUCAUUAUUUUUUUCGAAAAAAAUAUUUUGGAAAAAAAGUUGAAAAUAGUUACGGCUAAUACUACUGAAAUUUGCUUCAAAAAUUCGAGUUUGGGUAAUUUUUUUGGGGUUUUUUUAAGCGAAUUUUUCUGUAGGAUCUCUUAAGAAAGACAAAUUUUAACGUAAAAAUAUGGCAACAGUUAGUUGAAAGUCUUUUUUUUUUGCUCGGAAUUUUUUGAGAAAAGUUAAAAGAACCUUUUGGACAGUACUACUGGAAUUUGCUUCAAAAUUAGAUUUCGGCCCCCUUUUUUUCCCGUUUUUUUCGGACUUCAAAGCGUAGUAACUUACUGGAAAGACAAUUUUUUUACACAGCAAAUUUGUACUUUCAUUUUUUCAAUUAUUUCUUUCUUUUUUUGCCAAAGGUUUUCUUCAGAAAAGUUGUCAUAACCUUUUGGACAAUGUGUUUUUUUUAUUUAAUUUAAUUUUCGCGUUCGAAAAAUCUUUCUAUGUUUGAAAGUGUGAUCAUUCUGUAAAAAAGAGUCUCUCAAUGAUUUGAGCUGAAUAGUUUCUUUUACAGAAAAAUAAAGACGAUGAAAUGGUCGCCGAACGGUUCCUACGUGCUUUCCUUUCCGUCCCUGACCAAUUGAUUUUCGUUAAUCAUUUUUUCCCGAUGACUGUUAGCUUCUUGGAACGUUCCAGGUAUGGAUAAAGACUUUUCGGAGAAGAAAUUGUGAUUUUAGGGAAGUAUUCGUGAGAAUUGUCAAGGUUGCCGGCGAAAUUGGUGCCUCGAAACUGACGGCCGAUGAAUUGUGGCGACUUCGAGCCUUGAUUUCGAGCGCCGCUUCGUUUUCUGUUAAAAGUGGUCGGUUUUGAAAUGAACUGUUGGUUUUUUAUAGCUGUUUUUUGCUAGGAACUUCUCCAAGAUUCUUUCUUAGUACCUCCAGAGUGAUCCCUACAGGCGCAACCUUAGGGAGCACUUUACAAACCCCUAUAGGGUUCACUCAUGCUUGCAAUAAUGGUCCCUGUAGUGAUUUUAGUCAGUGGCCCCUAUAGGGAACAUGCUAGUCGAUUUAUCCCCCUAAAUUCAGGACCCUAUAGGGGCUGCUUAUACCCCUGAAGUCAGGACCCUAUAGGGGCUGCUUAUCCUCCUAAAACCAGGACCCUAUAGAGGCUGCUUAUCCCCUUAAUUUCAGGAUCCUACAAAGACUGCUUAUCCUCCUAAAGCCAGGACCCUAUAGGGGCUGCUUAUCCCCUUAAUUUCAGGAUCCUACAAAGACUGCUUAUCCCCUUAAAGCCAGGACCCUAUAGGGGCUGCUUAACCCCCUAAUCCCUAUAGGGGCCACUGAAGCUUGCAAAAAUGGUCCCUGUAGUGAUUUUAGUUAGUGACCCCUAUAGGAGAAAUACUAGAUGAUAAUUUUUAUGAACUCCAUGCGAAACACAAAAAAAAUAAACCUUUUUGAAAAAACUUGAACGACCCCUAUAGGGACCACUUAAGAAUUAAGGGGCCAGACCCUCAACCCCUAUAGGGGACCACAUUUUCGACCCCUAACCCAUAUAAAGACCUCUCUAAAGUUCCUAAAGUCUCCUUCAAGUUUCUUUUGUGCUUAGAAGCUCCAGAGUGAUCCCUAUAGGGCAACCAUAGAGUUCCUUUUAGGGCCCACUGAAGCUUGCAAUAAUGAUCCCUGUAGGGGUUUCAUUUAGUAGCCGUAAGAGAAAAGGUGUUUCCAAUGAAACGUUUAUAGCUCUCUUUAUGAAAUGAACUGUUUUCCAGGCGACGUCUCCUUCAACCCAGUCGCCACUUUCGACGUCCUGGCCAACUUGAUGACCCAAACUCCCGCCGAGAAGCUUCACGAUGAGGCCGAGGAAGCGGCUGCGCGAGUUCGAGCCCGUGCUCAAUUCAGAGAACCGCCCCCAAUCGUCGAAACCUCCCUGACUGUUCUGAGAAGGAGGGUCUACGCUUUCGUCGCUUCUGACGUCUUCCAGAAGCUUGUACAGUUUUAUGGUGGGUUCAUAGUUCAUUCACUGCUUGCUUGGGACCCUAAGGGGCGUGUCCUGUGUGCGCUCUCCACGAGCCAGGCGCUGUCUCGUGUAUUUGCGUGUAAGGACCAUUUUUUCGAUAGCUCAAGCCAGCCGUGAAUCAGCUAUAGCUUUUGCGGAUUCAAAUAGCUUGUUUGAAUGUUUAAAGGAGCACAGGAAAGGUCUCGAAGCGUAUGCGCCUUCAAGAAGGGUAAUAAGAAUGUUGAAUGCGCCUUUAAAAGGGAAUGCGCCUUUAAGAAGUGUAAUAAGAAUGUUGAAUGCGCCUUUAAGAAGUGGAAUAAGAAUGUUGAAUGCGCCUUUAAAAGAGAAUGCGCCUUUAAGAAGUGAAAUAAGAAUGUUGAAUGCGCCUUUAAAAGUGAAUGGGCCUUUAAUAAGUGUAAUAAGAAGUCUACUAAAGAUGUAGAAACUCAGAUUACUGUAGAAGCUAAAAAAAAGUCCAAUCGUGUCAGGAUAACUUCUCCCCAAAUUUCUAGGCUUCUUCGAUUUUUAAGAUUUUUUAAAGUUUGUAGGCAUUGGGCUAUAUAGUUUAUCACAGAUUUUUUUCAAUUUUUCAAGCCUUUUUUUCUUGAUUUUUUUAAAGAUUUUAAAGGCGGAUAGCGGUGCCUUAGGUUUCUUUUUAAUGCGUUUAGUGAGUUUUUUUUUCUAAAUUUUAUCAGGAAUCCUUCUGGUCUAAAAUUUGUACGAAAAUGUAUCAAAAUACGAUUUUUUUUUUCAGUAAAUCAAGAGAAUAUGCGGGUGACGAGUAUCGUUUGUUUCCAAGAACGACUGGCGCCGGUCAUCGACACGCUCUCCUCGUCCGCCUUUUUUGUCCAAUCGUGGGUUUUAUAAAGAUGAAAAAUGAGGUGGUAGAGCUCGAAAAUUAAAAUUUAGACGGUUUUUAAAAUUUGAAUUUGGAAAAGAUGGUGAAAUUUAAGCAGUUUUUUCCAGUAUCAUUAGAGAAUGUUCUGAGGUCGCAGUGGAAACUUCUGAAUCUGACUAGGCGUUUAAAAUUCAAUACCCUUCAAUUUAGGAAAAAAAGUUUCAUAUUAAACUGUUUUUCUGAAACAUUUUUUUUUAAAAAGAACAGACAUGCUUAAUUUAUAAAAAAACGGGCGUUUCAAAAUAAGUUCCUAUUAAAAAGUGAACAAAUUUCGUUUCACUCAACAAAAUUAACCUGGAUUUAAAGAGAAAAAAAUAAAUUCUUCUCAAGUUUUUUUACUUUUUUUCCUGAGAUUCGAGGUAUAGGGAAUGAGAAGUUCCGUAUAAAAAAAUAUAUAAAAGUUCACAGAAUAACCCAAUUUUUAUUUUUCAUGAGGAAAAUUGUGUUCCAAAAUGAAGUUUUAUGCUAAAAAAGGUGACGAAAUUUACCUUGAUUUUCGAAUUUUUUUCCUUUUAAGAACCAAGAAAGCGUUCUACUUUUUUUGAAGAUUUCAAAAUCGAUUUUUUUCUAUUUUUUUCAGCCUUUGGAAGUUCCUCAUUGGACCUUCAUUGGAAUUGGGCGGCCCGGUGAAAAUUAUCCUCCAAAAUGAUAUUUCUACGGUUGGACGUGAGAAAAAUAAGCCGAUUAUUUUUGGAAAAAAAAUGAUUUUUUCAAGCGUCAAUUGUGCCAAUCGCCGUGGAAGCGCGCGAAGAAAUGAAAGCCGGCUUGAAAUUAUUCUGCAAUUGUAUCAAAAUUCGAGUCUCCGCCCUGGCCGACGCGGAUUUCGAGGCGGCCAAGAUCAUUGACCAUUUCGAGGAUGUCCUGAAAGUCUUGAGGUUGCAAAUUCAAAAAAAAAAAUGAGAUUUUGAAUCUUACAGAGACUCUUGUCUGCAGUUGAUCAACUUGGUCUACGCCGACGCCUUUGGUUAUUCGUCGUCGGUGGAAAGAAGGGAAAACCUGAAGGCCUUGAAAAAGGUGUGUGUGUGGGAAAGAAGCAUUUAAUGUGCCCUUCGAAGGAAAAAAGUAAAAAAGGCUUAACAUUUCGAUAGAUUUCUUCCAAGGAAAAAAUAGCAAAAAUAAAUUUUCGUUGAGUGGAUUCGAACCUUGAACAUAGUCUGCGCACUGCUAGCACGCUAGCCACUACACUAACCGGCUAAUGGGAAGGGAGGGCGCGUGCGCGAGGCACAUUCCUUCUUGCUGUGUUCUACUCAUUUCACGUGCAAACUUUGAGCCGUCAUAACUCGACUACGAGGCAAAAGUCAAGAAAUUCCAUUCUUGAUUUGGAUUCAGCAUGCCUUAAAGUACAUCCCGGCAAAGUUUCAUCAAAAAGUUCAACGGGGGGUUAAAAACAGUUCUCUUGUAUGGGGAGGGAUCACGGCAUUCCUAAUAAGGUGAGGCGUCAAAGUUUCUGAAUUCACAAAAAAAAGUAAGUGCGCGCUCAGCAUAAAAUGACGUCAUAAUUAAACUGAGUAUUAAACGUUAAGAACUUGUUUGUUCGAUCGCCUUUGGCUGCGUACUUCAGAUUUCAAAUUUUUUUUUCGACCUCGUUUGGGAACGUUGUGGGAUAAGAAUAUGUUUUGAAUUGGAUAUUUCUGCGCCAUAUUAUAAGUUGAACAUUUACAAAAAAUACCUUUUUGCCGUUUUUUCGGCUGAAAUUUCAUAUCCUGGUUGAAUUUUAGGUCGGAAGUGUAGAGUCAUUAUUAUCAUGAAAUCCAGUUCAAAACGGAAUUGAACAACACGAUUGAGUCACGGCGUUUUUUUCCACGACGCCACGCCCACUUUUUGUCCGUAAAGCGCCGUGUGUCGUGUGCAUGCACCGCGCCGUUUUCGCGCAGAAAAUUGCGGUUAUGUAGAGAAAUUUCGAUUUGUCUCAAAGACCUUUGGCAAAACGGUGGCCUGCGCCUUUAAUAUGUCCUGUUUUUCCCGCUCUUAGAGCCGAUCCCAUGACUUCACGUAGGAACGGUGAAUAUUGUGGCUCCGCCCACCGUGUUUUCGGUUUUGCAUUUUCUUCCACUAAAAAAAAACGCCGUGGAGUAGUUUCUAGUUGGAAAUGGAGCAAUCAAUGGUAAAAUCAUUUUAGGAUUUUUAAAUAAUUGAUUUGAUAGGAAAGCUGCAUUUUCUUAUUUAUUCUCAAUUUUGUCAAUAAUAAUGUCCAGAAAUGGCAACCGGUGUGUGAUGCGGUCGUUUCAACGAUGCGAGUGGUCUACGAAAAAGAUUCUCGAGUGAAAUUCCUCCGGGAAGGCUUCUGGAGCGACCAUGAGAGACAGGUAAACUAGUAAUGAAAGGUACGAUUUAGGUGAUUACCUGGACUUUUGCAGGUAGUAAUAGCCAGGGGAAUGUGGGCCCCGACAGCUCGAAGACGUGGUGGCCGGUAUCAAGAGCAACAACGGCAGAAUUCCAGGUUUAUUUCAAUUUUUCAGCGAGAAAAUUGAAAAUUUUUACUUCUUUCAUUAUUUUCUUUAGAAGCUGAAUAAUUUUCUUGAUGUAUUUUAAGGUAUCCAAAUGCGGGCGAAAAGCCUACAAAAAACCAUUCCAGAUGCGGCCAAAACGCCUUCAAAAAAAACCAUUCCCAAUGUAACCAAAAAGCCUUCAAAAAACCAUUCCAAAUGCGGCCAAAAAGCCAUUCCAAAUGCGGCCGAAAAGCCUUCAAAGAACCAUUCCAAAUGCGGCCAAGAAGCAUUCAAAAAAGCCAUUCCAAAUGCGAGAAAAAAGCCUUCAAAAAAUCACUCAAAGUAGGAAAAAAGUCUCAAAAAAGCCAUUCCAAACACAGCCAAAAAGCCUCAAAAAACAAAAAAAAACCGGAAAUUAAUCUUACCUAAGAAAAGUCUUACAAAUGAGACCUUGACUGGAAGUGAUUAGAAUAUCCUGGUCGCAUUUGGAAUGGCUUUUGUUCAGAAAAUCGAAUUUUUCGUUGACUUUUUACUAAUUUUUGUUAUUUUCCAGUGGUUUUUCUUUCGUACGACAUUUGGCGAAAACUGACGAAGAUGACGACGAUUCGGAUUCUAGUGACGAUGAGAAACAAGUGAAAAAAUCUCAUGUCAAAAAUAUAAAAAUAUAUCGAAAUUCAGGACGAUUUGACGCCGGAUGAGGCCAGAAAUUUGUGUAUAGUCCGCAAUAUCCCAUUCAUCAUUCCGUUCACUCAGAGAUUGAAGGUUUUGGAAGGAAAUUCAAUGAAGAAUCUCAAAUUUUUCAGAUCUUUACGGAACUCCUGGAGCAGAAUCGAUUCGACGAAGGAAUCGCCAGCCACUCGGAAAUGGCCUGGAAUGCCAACGCCGGCCUCUCGAUCACUGUCCGCAGGGAUCACAUUUACGAGGACUCCUUCGAUUUCCUGGCACCUGUUCCUGGAAACAGUCCGUUUUUGACCUUUGCUCAAAAGUACAUCCAAAAAAAGAACAUUUUGAACAGAAAGAGCGAGAAAAUGUGCUCCUGAGUGAAAGUAUCAAGAAGAUAUAGUUUUUUUUUUCUCGAAACUUAUUCGAAAAGUGGUUCUUGGAAGUAGAAAUUUACAAGAGCUCAGAAAGCUUCUGUGUGAACUCUUUGAACAUGAAUAUCAGAGAAAAAGGGGAAUUUUCGAGAUUUUUUAGAGAUUUUAAAGAAAAUUCAAGGAGUUCAUGUUUACUAGGGAACGAGAAGACGCUUCAAAAACUUGAAAUAGCACUUUUUUGGCAUAUUUUUUGCGUAUUUUGCGGACUUUGAAGCGCCAUAACUCGAAAAAAAGAUCUAAUGCGAGAAAUUCUUUACUUGUUCUUCAAUAAGAGGGUUCUAAAAUACACUUCAGCAAAUUUUCAUCGAAAGUUCAACCAGCGAGUUGAAAAACUUCCUUAGUUAAAAUGAUUUUUGGCAUUUGUUCCUGAAAAUAGUCCGUUUUUGAGCUCGCUUUAUUCCCGAAAAAGCUGGAAAUCAAAAAAAAAAGAGUGAAAAAAUGAGCUUUUUUUAGGAAAUAUUGCAAAUAUUUAAAGGAAAAAAAUCAAAAUUGUUAUAGUCCUAGAAAGCAUUUUUUUGAUAAAGUUUGCGCCUCAAAAAAAUAUUUACUUCUUGAAAAGAAGGUCUUUUUUGUUGGAGAGUACUUUUGAAAAAAAAAAGCGCAGUUACUUCUCAAAAGCUGAGAAAAUCAUAUACUUGUCUGGAAGAAUGUAGAAAUUCUCUUUUUGAACUUUCGAAUCACAAAAUUCCGUUUGAAGCUUUAAAAUGUGCCUUUUUUGGAUAUUUUUCUUCAGGCUACUGUAGUCUUCUUCCUAAGUCUUUUUACCGCUUGAGCGGCGUCGGCGCCUCAAGUCGAUUAGCCGGGGUCCUAUCCUGAUAAUCAGUGGACUGGCUCUAGUGACAUCGUCCUUGUGUGUGACGGCUGGGCAUUAUGAAACCGUGGUUUCCAACUACCAACAUUUUUCAAACCCCUUGGUUGGGUCGAGGCGGGGGUCGAACUUGUGACCCUGUGGACCGUAGACAGGCACACAACCUGUUGCGCUACGGCGCGCCCCUUCUGGCUACUGUAGUAUUUGAUUUAAAGAUAAUGUUUGCUUCAGAGUUUGGGAAAUUUGCUCAAAAAUAGUAAAAAAAAAAGUGGAAUAAAUGAAUAAAGUUCGUGUCCACGUUCAGGCAUUGAUCUGAGACGCCCGAUGCUCGUGAGAAUGGUCAAUUGGACGGGAAUCAACGAGGAAGGCGUCGAUGGCGGUGGAAUCUUCAGGUGCUCAGAAAUCCGAACACCCUUAUGGCUUCAUUCAUUUCAGAGAGUUCCUCAGCGAGUUGCUCAAAACGGCGUUUGAACCCAGCCGCGGCGUCUUCCAGUACACCCAUGAUAGGUGAAAAGUGUCAUAUUUAAUUGGGAAAACGGGAUUUUUAAAAUAUCCACGUUCCUGAUUCAGUUUUUUUUUCAAUAUUUUGAGCUUUUUUUCGUUUUUUUUUUCAUGCCAUUCCUAUAGUCGAUUCACGGCUAACUUGAGACCCUAAGGGGCGGGGCCUGUCUGCGCUCUCCACCAACCAGGCGCUAUCUCUUUCAUUAUCGUGCCAGGACCCUUUUUUCGCCAGCCGGGAAUUUUCGAGUGUCUCUGUUCCCUCACCGGCGUGGUCAGAGAAACACAAAAUAGCACGUCAACAUGAGAGCGUCGCCGAGAGACGAGGAGGGCGCAGAGAAGUCGCGAAAAAGUUAGGAACGCCAGAGUGGUCCCUAUAGGAGUUGGAAAAAAAACCCCUGUAACUCACAAAAAAAAACACGCCCUAUCAGGCUUUCCAAGUCGAGAAAAACGGACUAUACUCUGAUUUUUCGAAAGUUGGAUAUCGAAUUCUUUUUUCAGCUGCUUUUUAAAUUUUCUGAACAAGUUUCCUAGCCCAAGCCGCUCAGUUUCCAGAAUUUAUCGAUAGAGCGCAACAUUUUUUUGAAUAGCGGCUUUUUUUUCCUAGGAAAGUUCCGCCCUUCCAACUCGAGAAAAACGGACUAUACCUCAAUUUUGCGAAAAUUGUGAGGCGUUUCCUUCAUUUUAGCUCCUUUCAGCAUCUUCUGAAUAUAUUUCCUAGUCCAAGUCGCCCAGUUUCCAGAAUUUAUCGAUAGAGCGCAACAUUUUCUCAAAUAGCGGCUAUUUUCUCCCAGGGAAAUUUCCAAGUCGAGAAAAUGAUUUUUACAUUUUCUGUACACUUACUAGUCCACAUCGCUCCGAUCCCUUGAAAUUAUCGAUGGAGCGCAUAAUGUUUUCAAAUGGCGGCUAUUUUUUCCUAGGGAAUUUCCACCCUUUGAAGUCGAGAAAAACGGACCAGACCCUAAUUUUUCGGAAAUCGGAUGGUGAUUCCUUCAUUUAAGCUUCUUUCUGCAUCUUGUGAACUACUUUUCUAGUCCAAGUCUCUUAUUUUCCUAAAAAAAAAACGGCCAUUUUUCCCUACCCUUUUCACCAAAAAUUGAAAUAUUUUUCAGGCUCCUCUACCCGAAUCCAGUUGCCCCUUUGGUCCUCGGAAGCGAUUAUUAUCGACAUUUUCAUUUUCUGGGCAGAAUGCUGGCGAAAGUAGGCCUAAAUUUCUUGGAAAACUGAUGAAUCGGCUCAAUUUUCCAGUCAAUCUACGAGAAACAGCUGGCGGAACUGCGAUUCGCCGAGUUUUUCAUCAUCCAACUGUUGGGAAAUCAUCGGGGCGCCGAAGACGUCGACCUGCAGCACAUGAAGAGCUUCGAUCCGCUUCUCUUCAAGUUGGAAUCGGAAGGAAAAUGAAGAUUUUGUUGGCUUUCAGGCAGCUGAGAAACUUGUCCUUCCUGAGCUCGGAACAGCUGGAAGACCUCCAACUGGAUUUCAGCAUCGUCAUCGACGAGUUGGGCGUCUUGAAGGUGACUUUUGAAGCGGCUAUUUUUGGAAAAUUUUGAAGGGAAAAGCUAAUUUUAUCACUGAAGCGAACUUUCGAUUGAAAUAGUGGCUAUUUUUAGUUGGAAUCGAAGAAAUAAGGUAGUUUUAUCAUUGGAGCACACUUUCGAUUCAAAGAGUGGCUAUUUUUGGUUGGAUCCGAAAAAAAAGCAGGUAUUUUUAUCAUUGGAGCGCACUUUCGAUUCAAAGAGUGGCUAUUUUUGGUUGGAUCCGAAAAAAAGCAGGUAUUUUCAUCAUUGGAGCGCACUUUCCAUUGAAAGGGUGGCUAUUUUUGGUUGGAUCCGAAAAAAUCAAGCAGUUUUAUCAUUGGAGCGAACUUUCGAUUGAAAGAGUGGAACUGAAUUUUAAGAACUCAUAAGUAAGUUCAGUCAUUGGAGUUUUAUAUUUUUUUUUAAACGGGAAUAGGUAGUUUUAGCGAUGUAGCGCACUUUUAAAAAUUGUCGCGGCGCGGCUUUUUUGGUUGUUCAUUAGAGCUCACUUGCGCCGAAAAAAACAACUCCAUUUUCCAGACGAUCAAUCUGAAGCCGAAUGGAAGCAACAUCCGCGUUGCAGUGGACAACGUCCAGGAAUACGUCCGACUCUACGUCAAUUACCAUCUGAAGCUCAGGGUGCGCCAUUUUCCGGGGAGGGUGCACCUGCUUCACUCGAAAAUGUUCAGCUCGAUCCGAUGGUUCGAGCGAUGCGACGUGGUGUCAGUGACGUCAUCAAUAUCGAAUGGUUGGCCAUGUUCUCGCCGUCGGAGAUCCAGGUCGGUUUAGGGGAUUCCGUUGCUCAUUUUAGCUCAGAAUUACUUAGAGGAUCAAUUGAUUUUCAGAUUUUAAUCGCUGGCAACGAAGAGGACAUUGAUGUGGAAGAUAUGCGGCGUCAUUGUGCUUUUUCGAAUAUUCGAGGUACCAAGAAAUUUUUUGAGGAUAUGUACGGAAACUGAGAAAAUUUUAAAAGGAUUUUUGAAAUUUGGCCUUUCAGAAGUAUAUUAAGAUUAUUUUACCUUAUAUGAAACUUAUCAUGUUUCAGAUCAUUCUGACGAAGCCUACGCAAACAUGUUCUGGUCGGUCGUCGGUGAUCUGCUCCCCGAGGACAAAAAAGCCUUGCUCAAGUUUGAAAAUCCAAAUAGAAAGAAGAAAAAUUGGCGUAUCCUAGAUUUAUCACCGGUUGCUCUCGACCGCCCAUCGAAGGCUUCAAAGAGCUCUACCCGCCUUUGGGCAUUCUAUUGGUAAUGGUUAUCAUUUUUAAUCAGGAAAAAUAAGUCGAAAAUUCAGAUCAAUGAGGAAGAAUCCCUGCCGACCAGUGCCACCUGUAUGAACAUGCUCAAGUUGCCCAAAUAUUCGUCGAGGCAAAAGUUGGAGGAAAAGCUCAGGUGAUAAUAAGAGGCUAUUUUAGAUGAUCAAGUGCGCUCUGAUGAACUGGGCUCAAAAUAGAUCGUCCUAACAAGGAAUGAUGGUUUUCUGAUAGAAAUUCCAAAAAAUGCGACUUUUAAACUGAUUUAUCAGCUCAAGGCUGUUUUUGCAGUACAAUCGCGCUCCAAUAAACUUGGGAUUGAUUUUUCACAAAUUUUUCAUUUUUUUUUCUUUUUCAUAAAUAUUCUCAAAAUUCCUCCAGAAAGAUCAUGAGUUUAAAAAAAACCUGUCAACCUUUUUUUUUUGCUUCACAAGGAUGAUUAUUUCAAUUUGAAAGUUUCGUGAAAAUUUGCCAGAACACUGAUUUUUCUAAUGCUUGAAGAUACUGUAAAAGUCAUCCCGGGUUCCGAACCCUGAUUUUUCGAAAACUGGAAAGUUGUGCAGCUUGAGACAGGCAGAAUCCUUUUUUGUACAUCAAUCUGACAAAUUUUCAGGGGAUUCCUGAAGCAAAAUGCCUUUUUCAUUUGUUGGCCAACUCUUUCGCUCGUUGAACUUUUUGACGAAAUUGCUGAUUAUCGAUAAAAUUUCCUGUGACACUAUGUAGAUUUAUACCUGCACCCCACAGAAUUUCUAGUUUGGAAAGAAACAAUUGUUUACAAGAGUUUGGAAAAGUCUAGACUCGCCUUCAAAAUACGGCCAAUUUCGAGGUUCACGUGCGUUCCACAUCAUAAGCGGCUAGCUAGCCAUGUUUACAGCGCUCUUUCGUUUUUUAGUGACUCACUGGAUGUUCUUUUUGGGCAAUAAUAAGAGUUAUUUUGGUUUUGACUCUUUUUUGAGCUUGCAAACUAGAGUGUAUGCUUUUGGGGCCCCUUUUUGAACAGUGCGACGAUUUUUCAAUGGCAGAGAAUUGUUUUAGCAUUUUUAUUUUCAAUUUUGCCUUCAUGAAAACCCAAAAUUGCUUCAAGAUUUCGCACGAGAAGCUGUUCUUUAACCCUGAAAUCGUUGAAAAUUCGAACUUGGCCAUUUUCGAAACUCAAAUGCGCUCUAUCGAAAGGAUGCCUUUUAUGCAAAUACCGGAGCUUUCGAGCUUCCCAGCCCAAAGAAUAGUAUAAAAAAUUUAAUUUAGCUGUUUUUUGAAAUUCAAACACGCUCUAUCGAACUUUCUACAAUUUUCAAGCCAAAAAUAAUUAAGAUCCGCGAAUUCAAUCGUUUUUACAGUUUAAUUAAAGCUCUACCGAUAAUAUUUUAACUUUUUCAAGUUGUUACCAGUUUUUCAAGCUUACCAUGGUCUGGCGAAAGAGUUGAGCCAUUUUUAAAAAGAAAAUGCGCUCUACCGAAAUAGUGUCGCCCUUUUAGGCAAAUAUCCGAGCUUUCGAGCUUCCUAGCCCAAAUGAAAGUGGAAAAAAAAUUUUAAUUCAGCCAUUUUGAAGAUUCAAACGCGCUCUACCGAAAUUUCUAUAAUUUUCAAGGCAAAAUGAACUUGAUUAGCUCAAAAAAGACUACCGAUAAUUUUUCACUUUUUUCAAGAAGUUACCCGGUUUUCAAGCUUACCACGGUCUAAAAAAAAUUAGGCCAUUUUUAAAUCCAAAAUGCGCUCUACUGAACUUAUUUUUUUCAUUUUUUCAGAUACGCAAUCAACGCCGGCGCCGGCUUCGAACUCAUGUAA